UCGCACGUUUCGCAGUCACUGCCGGUCGAUGCGCUCCGGGAGGGAGACGUAUAUGAGGCGAGUCUCGUGAACGCCGACUCCACCCGAUGUCUGCCCUGUUUGGUGACCGGCUAUCCCGUCAUUAAACACAAGGCGUUGGAGUUUAAGCCGGGAAAGUAUGCCGUGAAUAAGGAUGACUGGAAUAAACUACUUAUGUUGACAAAGGUUACGGCGAGCGAUGACUUGAAAGAUGUGUUGCAUUUUGUGGGCAAACUGUACGGAAACGCUACGACCGCCCGCUUCUCAUUCCAGUGAAAUACCGGU